CAUCAAAUGAGACGUGCAAAUACGAGCGCUUAUUUAGUUCUGUAUCCUGUUUUUCACCUGCAACUUCCAUCCAACUCAACAAAUCAUCAUUACUUGCGAUAUGAGUAUUCCUCGUCAAGAAGAACCACCAAAUACAACCAAGAGAUGCAAAUGUCUUUCUGCCACCCUCAAGGAUGCAUUUUCCAACUGCCGCACCCACCAUGAAGAGUCAUCAGAUCCCUCAAAAAGAUGCAAAUUUCGCACUUCAACUCUGAGGGAUGCAUUUUCUGACUGCCAUACUUUUCGUGGAAGGCUUUCUUCCUCGACCCCAGAAGAUGAUCAUCUUCCUUACGGUGACUAUGAUGAUGAAGAAAUAUUUGUCUCAGCCAUCAUAAGUACAUACAUGGAGUCCAAAAUCAGCCGCAAUUCCGGGCUUACAGUGGAUAAUUUCAGCUGGGCUUUAUCUCCAGAAACCAGAGAACUCUUUGUUACUCCCAAGCCAAUGCAUCAAAAGGGCAAUGAUGAUGAACCAAUGGAUGACUACUUCUCGCCCCAUAGUCGUCUCUCUCGCUGUUCAACUGUUUCCAGCAUGGGGGCAUUUGCAUCUGCUAAAACUGCAUUUACCCGCAGCUCCAGCCUGGGCAGGAUUGAUUUCCAGGAUUUCUGGAGACGCCACUCAAUUAUUCAGGAGCUGAGUCAUUGCCAGGGCUGGCCAUUCGGCCUCUGCAGAAAGGCCUUGCUGCUGCCUCCUCUACCUAAAUCCCCUUCAGAUUCUUGGUUAUGGCGUAAAUCUACUGGAGUCAUCAAAAUACUGUAACAAAUUUAACUUUGUUUCAAGACCCAUCCUGUAUUUCCUGUCCUGUGCUGAUAUUUUUUUCAGAAGUAAUUCACAUUUGAAGGAGAAGAAAAGUUUCCGAGUUCGAACUUCA